AUGCCGAAGCUGGAUAUCAGUCGCAAUUACUACGCGGAUCUUGAGAUUUCGCCGAACGCCUCCGGGGAGGAGAUCAAGCGGCAAUUCAGGAAACUUGCGCUCAAAUACCAUCCUGACCGCAAUCCAGGAAGAGAAGCCGAGGUGAACUCCAAGUUCCAGAUCAUACAGUCAGCCCACGAGAUCCUUACCGACGAAACCCUCAAGCGAAAGUACGAUGACUCAAUUCGCCAUAGAGGCCCGAAAUAUCCCACUUCAUCCGGCGUCAAGGGAAACCCCUGGCAGAAUGUAGCUAAGGACUUCCCCGUGCCGCCGCGACGUGCCGCCGCUUCAACCGGGGCCCAGCCUAAGCCCGCCUCUGGUGCCCAUCGUUAUUCCGGCUUUACAAAUGGGGUGCCCCGUCCUGCAAAGCCUGCUCCGAAAGAAGACCCCGAAUCGCGCAAAGCAAACUACAAGGCUUGGGAGGACAUGCGUCCAUCUUCUAGAGGAAGAACCAACCCUCCACCAGUGCCGAAUCGUCCUGUGCCGGGCCGUCCACCAACAUCGGCGGCCAGAGACGCGAGGACUUCCGACUCUGAGAGUUUCCCUAGGACCGCCUCUCAAAGACAGAAAGCCCAGGCCUCAUUUGGUAACGCAACCAGAAGAUCCGGGUUCACGCCGCGGUCCCCAGGUCUUGGAGACGAACCCCCAGUCACUAACAAUAACUACUUCACGACCCGGACCCAUACCAACAUUUUCAACGAGCAGUCCGCCGCUUCGGUGCGCAAGAACCGCCGCGCAUCUGGUACCUCAGCAACAGCUGAUCCACUAGCACAGUUCAGGAAAGACAACUUCAUGGAUGAACGUCAGAGCACGCCCUACCAUACCCCAGGUGGAGAGAAGACCAGUCUGUUCGAUGAGGGUUCAGGGCUGGGCCGGACCAGGAGCACACGAGAGCCUCCUCGAAAGUCCGGGGCUGAGGGACCCGCCACAGGAACCUUUCCUUUUCCCCGACAGCGACAGCGGAGUUCUAGUACGCCAAGAAGCUCGAGUAAUGAUGGCGGAUCGGAGGACUCUACAAAAGUCAACACGGGAGCUGAUGACAUCCGUCGGUCAUCAAAUGGGGGGGACCCUUCCAGUUCCCGAGCCAGCGACCGCUAUAAGCCUAAAGCCGACUCGAGUAACACCACUGCCGCGGGAAAACGCGCCACAACCGCCGGUGGUAACAACUCAUUUCUACCAGAAGGAAACACAGCUCAACCAGAUGGGGGCCCAUCAGUGUACGCACCACCAUUCAUUUCUUCCCAGCGUCAUUUCUCUUUCGCCGGCUUGCAACCGCACAAUUCUGGUUCGGUCGGAUGGUCUUCAAAGUUGAGCUUCGCCCACUACAAUGGCGCCUCAAGUGGGACAGCCAAGAAGUCUGAUUAUUCAACUCUGUAUCCUCUCGAGAACCUUCUCAAGAAAAACGCGGAACACAUGGUCAACAAGAAGCCGUACGUGACACGCGAGAAAGACAUAUUCAAGCUGGUGAACGAGGCAGAGAAGAUGGCGGGUUGUCACACAACUCAGGGAGGGAUCCGUACUGACAACUGUGAUUCAAAUAGUUUUAGCUUCUCCGCCGACGACAAUGCUUCAGAACAGAUGCAGAGCCCGCAUAAUUUUGCGAGCAGCAGUGCUGAUAACAUAAACACAAGGUUCGUGCAGGAUGAACAUCCUGACGAGUGGGAAUUCAAGGCCGGCAAUGCCUCGGCCAACGAGCCGUUCACGCCUUCCAAAUCACGCUCGCAGUCGCGAAGUCGCCUGAACCAUCGUUCACCCGCGAGAACCACCCCACGGCCGCAGCCGACAACGCGCAUGUCGUCAACCCAGGAAGGCUCGGAGGACGCCAUCAAAGCGGGAUUCUCAGCUGGGGAGUGGAGUGAGAAGAUAGGACCUCACCAUUUUAUUCCACAGCCUUCGUACAGUGCAUCAACCUCUCCUACGCGUCGUGCACCUUCAAGAAAGAACUCGAAACCGGUGAAGAUGACUAUGGGUACAGCUGGGUUGGUUGAUGAUGAGAGCAGCAGUGCUGGCGAAGGGUGGCAAGAGAUACCCAGGCCGCCGUCGGGAACGGACAGCCCAAAUGCCAUGGAUAUCGAUACACCUCCUUCAGAGAAAACGGAGGACACACCUAAGGCUUCUCAGGCGAAUGGCGUUCGAAACAUCCAUGUUGAACCCAGUAGACCCGAGUGGAGAGCCGGAAAUGCACAGGUUGACGGAGCAACGUACCCACGGCCUGCACGCCCAAAUCUGGAUGGCGAUAGCACCAUCCUUUCCUCGCAUGGACUCGGUGCGAAGACGGAUUCAGGUUCCGCGAUCGCGAACCCUUUCAUCUCUCAAACUGGGGGUUCUGAGGAUACGGAAGAGUUCAGAACCACUUUUGCUGAUUUCAAGAAAGUGGAGCCAUUCACGGAUUCAACCCCAACAGGCCUUAAGUCGUUCGCGGACCUGAAAUCUACGCUUCCUUUCGAGAGCAAAUCUUCGGAGCAAAUACCACUAGACACACAGAUCCCGGUUGCACCGUUGAGCUUCCCCACGCCGCCGGUCGCGCCACGACUCCCGGCCACCAUGGCUGUCGCAGGUAUCCGGCCCAACCUCAGCUCAUUCCGCAAAUAUGCUGUUGACUUCUACAACUACAUGGACAAGUGGGAAGCGUUCAAUCAAAAGGUUCUUGACCACUUUACCGCUCGUCAAACGAACUACAAGAAACGCCGGCAGCAGAACGGCCUGUCGUGGCUUGACUCGGCCGUGGUGGCAGAUGCUGCACGUAUGUACCAAUUGGAGCUUGACCAAGAUCAUGACGUUCGCAAGCAGUGGAAUACGGCUUGCGAGAAUCACCAAACGCGGAUCCGGGAGUUCUUGGCUUUCAAAGAACGGGUCAAGUAG